UUCCUUACCUGUCAAGCUGCGAGAACGUGAUUCCAAUCCCAGUGGCAAACCCGUUUUGCAUGCACCAAAACUAGCCCUACAAUGCAGAAUCGGAAUGGACACCGAAGCCAGAAACAGAACUGUCCAUCUUUGCUUAAACGUGCGACAAACGUGCCUACAGGCAUGGCGAUGACGGCAUGAAUUGCCCAGUGCUGCCGGAAGCUACCACUGGUAUUUCGUAGUAGCAUUGCCAAAUGCUAUUACGAGGACUUCACGCAGAGUAUGUUCAUGCGGUUCCACUCACAACCACAAGGGACCCUGCAAUGUCCGUUGUGACGGUCUUUUCAACCAUUUUAACGCUAUCUUUCAUAGCCCAGAAAUUGGUCGCGCUCUCAGCAACCAAACUUGGACAAGAAGGGGUGGAAAACCCGCCGGGUUGAUUGGCCAAAUUGCCAGGAUGACAGCCCUGGGGGCAAACCAAGCCAGGGCUCCUCGUGCCGCUGUGGACGGGAUUGACUUGGGGUGCCCACAGGUCCACUGCAGGGUGCAUAUGCGCGAUCUUCCGCCGCCACGUGAGACUCGUUCGGCCGCCGCUCCAAUUGGGCGUGAGGGAUAUCGGCCAUAUUACGUCGGGGCCGGAGAUAGCGAACUUUGGGGGAUAGUUACGCUGACCAACAGGCAAAAUGGGGAAUCUCGGUGGUUUAUCGAAGCCAGCUUCAACGUGCCACAGGAUCGUCAAAUAUCACCACAGCUGGACGGAGCACAAGCCGCUUCUUUGCUGACACAUUGACCACAAGUAGUAGGUAUAUGCACAUUUGUACAUCACGCAUGCUUGCAGUUAGCACAAGUUCGUGUAUUUGCAUUCAAACAUAAGCCCAGGCGAUGCAAGUCAUCCGGAUGAAGGAAUCAAGGCAGCACGGUAAAGGGCCAAAACUGCCCUGAUGGUUCAAAUGUUUCGUUUCAACGCCGACGACUUGGUACCAGAAGAACUAGAGGCGCGCUGGAAUGUUCUUAGACGCUUACGCUGCCCCUCUCCAAGUGGUGCUAGUAAUAACGCUCCGUACCAGAAAAGCGGAAGGGGAAUGCGUACGGGCCUUCAAGUGAUAAAACGGCGCGCCUCUCGGCGAUUCGUCUAGCAAAGCGG